AUGAAUAGACAAGGAAAAACAAGACUAUCGAAAUGGUAUACACCCUAUGACGAUGUCGAAAAGAGAAAGCUCUCCAAUGAAAUACAUAAGAUCGUUAACUCAAGAGAAACUAAAUUCACAAAUUUCGUAGAGUUUAGAACACAUAGAAUUAUAUAUAGAAGAUAUGCAGGAUUAUUCUUUUGUAUGUGUGUAGAUCCAACCGAUAACGAAUUAUUCUGUCUCGAAGCUAUUCAUUUGUUUGUAGAGGUAUUGGAUGCUUACUUUGGAAAUGUAUGCGAAUUGGAUUUGGUAUUCAAUUUCUACAAAGUAUAUGCUAUUCUCGAUGAAGUGUUCUUGGCUGGUGAACUAAUGGAACCAAGUAAACAUAUCAUCCUACAAAGAAUGGACUUUUUAGAUAAUCUACCAUAA